UAUAAAAAGAAAUUCAUAUUGUGAAAAUUACGAGAUAAAUCUAACAAGACCCAACACGACUAUAUUUUACUUUACGUAUAAAUCAUAAUUUGUAAUCAAACAAGCAUGAUGAAUAAUGCAAAAGUCUAAUUGUUACAAUAUUACUAAAACGGAGAAAGUAUGUAUUUUAAAAAUCGUGAAAAAUCAAGUGGGGCAAACAACCCAGUACAGUCGUACAUAGAGUGAGAGUUAGAGUAGAGGUUUUUUUUUUAUUUUUUUUUAUUUUUUAUUUUUAUUUUUUAAACCAGAGUAGAGGUAUAUUUUAAUGUGAGAAGUUGAUAACUACUCUAGUACUCUCUAUUAUGCAAUUCGAGUAUAUACACAACUAACGUGAGUUCUUAUAUCAAUCGACCCUUAUGGCAAGUCUCAGUGGUUGGACUAAAAACCUAAAAUCAAAUCUCAUGACUUCAUGAGUGUUCACCCCCAAGUAAAAACGGUAACUACGUCACUACCUCACCACAAUAACAAAUCUCAUAUGUCAUCCUCUUGGACCAUCUCAUAAUAUUAACUAACUUAACUACUAUUCAAAUCUUUAGAUUAAAGUAUACAAGUCAAUCAAUCACUUGGUCAAACUGCUUCACCCUUUUAUUUGGCUGUAGAAGUCAUCAAUACUCCAUGCUCAUAAGGUGUUUGUCAAAAUGCCCAAGAGAACAAUGAUCAGAUCACUUCGAUAUCAGCAGCAACUCUUACAGAAGCACAAGCACUUCUCAGCUGGAAAAAUUCCUUGCCUGAGUCGUCUAAUCUCACAUCAUGGAAUGUUUCCGAUAAUCCAAACCCAUGCAAUUGGACUGGCAUUUUUUGCAACAACCUUGCAUCCAUCACCCGCAUUGUCUUAUCUAACAGAGGCCUCGCCGGCACCCUCACCAGCUUCAAUUUCAGUGCAUUUCCCAAUAUUACAAGAUUCAUUCUUGCAAAAAACAGUCUGAAAGGCCAAAUCCCACCAAGCAUUGGUAAGCUCUCCAAGCUUAUUAAGUUGGACCUUGGAAACAACAUGUUUGAUGGGUUUAUUCCACCGGAAAUAGGUCAGUUGUCUCAACUUGACUCUCUUGUCCUGUAUAAUAACAGUAUAGGCAAUAAAAUUCCUGUCCAUCUCAGUAAGUUGGGGAAGCUAAGGCUCCUAUACUUGGGUAGAAAUAAGCUUACAAGCCCUGACUGGUCUAUGUUCAAUACCAUGCCUAUGUUAUCAACCUUACAAUUGUUGUUGAAUGAAUUAAAUGGAGAGUUUCCAAGAUUUAUUUUAAGGUGCAGGAACUUGACUGAACUUUCUUUGGCAAAUAAUAAAUUCAGUGGAUCGAUACCAGCAUUGUUUUACAGCAGUCUUCCUAAACUUAAAUACAUUAACCUUAGUAAUAACUUAUUCACAGGACCAAUAUCACCUAAGAUUUCUGAGCUCUCCAAUCUGUAUCACAUUGAACUGAGCAUUAACCAGCUUAAUGGUUCAAUUCCUGAUAGCAUUGGGUCCAUUUCUAGCCUCAAAGUUCUGCACCUAAACCAAAAUUUACUCACUGGGGGAAUUCCAUCUUCUAUAGGAAACCUUAAAAACCUUGAAACCCUUUAUCUUAAUUCAAAUAGAUUGAAUUCUACAAUUCCUUCCAAACUUGGGUCAUGUACUAACCUUACUGAGCUGCUUCUUUCUAAUAAUUCACUUAGUGGGGAGAUACCAUUGUCCUUGACAAAUCUCAAAAAUAUAUCAAAGAUUGAGCUGUUUGUAAAUGACAUGUAUGGUGAAAUCCCCCCAUAUUUUUUGACCAACUGGACAAAGUUGACUUCCUUGCAACUUUAUAGAAAUAAUUUUAGUGGGAUUAUCCCUCCAAUAAUAGGUCAACUGACAAAGCUAAAGUAUCUUCUUCUCUACCAAAACAGUUUCAGCGGUUCCAUACCGUCAGAGAUAGGAAACCUGGAAGUCUUGCUCAAGCUGGACUUCUCAACAAACAAACUUUCAGGUCCAAUCCCUCCAACCAUUGGAAACCUAAGCAAUCUUUCUGCCCUUAGCCUUUUCAACAACCAACUUACUGGAACAAUCCCACCAGAGAUUGGAAACCUAACCUCAUUAACUAUUCUUAAUCUCAAUAACAAUCAGCUGCAAGGGGAGUUGCCAGGUACCCUGUCUAAUCUUCGGAACCUAAAAGAAUUCUCUGUCGCCCAAAAUAACUUGGUUGGGAAAGUCCCGCCAAAAUUUGGUGAGGAUUUUCUUUCCCUUACUGCUGUUAGCUUUACAAAUAACAAUUUAUCAGGGAAUCUUCCUCCUGGCUUAUGUAAUGGUUUUCAGCUGGAGUACUUGACAGCUAAUAAUAAUAGUUUUACUGGUGACCUUCCGGAUUGCUUGAGGAAUUGCUCAAAAUUAACUAGAGUCCGGUUGGAAGAAAAUGAGUUCAACGGGAGUAUAUCUGAUGCAUUUGGAAUUCAUCCGGAUCUCUAUUAUAUUAGCAUGAAUGACAACCAAUUCGUUGGCAAGAUUUCUCCCAAGUGGGGAGAAUGUAAGAAUCUGACAGAUCUUCGGUUGGAGGGAAACAAACUUUCAGGGGGAAUACCAACUGAGCUUGGGAAACUAUCACGGUUGGGUGUUCUGACUCUUGGCUCAAAUCAUUUAAGUGGGACAAUUCCAGAUGAACUUGGUAAUUUAAGCAAGCUGUACAACCUUAACUUGAGCAGUAAUCAGUUGAUAGGGCAUAUUCCACGAACCUUAGGAAAAUUGAAGUCUCUUCAGUAUCUAGAUUUAUCAGCAAACAAUGUGUCUGGAGAAAUCCCUAUUGAGCUUGGAAAUUGCGUACGAUUAUUGAGCUUAAACCUGAGUCACAAUGACUUGCACGGAAAUAUACCAAUCGAACUCUGCAACUUGAAUGAACUUCAGUACCUUCUGGAUCUUAGUAGUAACUCUUUCUCUGGUCAAAUUCCUCAAAACCUUGAUAAGCUCAAAACCUUGACAAAAUUUAAUCUCUCUCACAAUCAUCUUACCGGUGGUAUCCCACACUCAUUAUCAAACAUGUAUAGUCUUAAGUCCUUUGAUCUUUCCUACAACAGUUUAUCAGGUUCAGUUCCUAGGGAUGAAUUUUUUCAAAAAGGAAUAUAUGUGGGAAAUCCUGGCCUUUGUGGAAAUGCAACAGGACUAUCCCCUUGUGGUAAUCUUGAUACUCAUAUAAAGAUUAUAAUUGCAGUUGUCGUACCAGCUGUUUCUCUUUUGUUUCUUGGGGUAGGUAUUGCUUAUUUACUGCGUUGCCAGAAUAAUAACAAUCAUGGUGCAGAGAGUAGAGUUUUGGAGGUUGAAGAAUCCGAAUCUUUGAUUUGGGAGACUGAAGAAAGAUUUACAUUUGCAGAUAUUCAAAAGGCGACUGAUGAUUUCAAUGAGUUUUACUGCAUUGGGAAAGGAGGUUUUGGUAAUGUAUAUAAGGCAUCUUUGCCAUCAGGUCACAUAGUUGCUGCUAAGAGGCUCCACAUGGAAGAAUUUAGCGACAUCUCAUCAACAAGUCGACAGAGUUUCAUGAAUGAGAUCAAGGCAUUGACACAGGUUAGGCAUCGGAAUAUCAUCAAAUUGUACGGGUAUUGUUCCAAAGGACGAUCCAUGUACUUGGUAUAUGACUACAUUGAAAGGGGUAAUUUGAGGGAAGUGUUGUAUGAUGCACAAGACAAAGUGAAAUUAGGCUGGGAAAGAAGAGUGAGUAUUGUGCGAGGGUUGGCACAUGCAGUCUCUUACUUGCACCAUGAUUGUACCCCUUCCAUUGUUCACCGUGACAUAUCCUUAAAUAAUGUCUUAAUUGAUAAUGAAUUUGAGCCUCGGUUAUCAGAUUUUGGUACCGCAAAGCUUCUUAAAUCAGAUACAUCUUACUGGACUUCAAUUGCUGGAGCUUAUGGCUAUAUGGCCCCUGAGCUGGCUCUGACAACGAGAGUGACAGAAAAGUGUGAUGUUUAUAGCUAUGGAGUUGUGGCAUUGGAAGUUUUGAUGGGGAAGCAUCCAGGAGACUUGCUUUCUUCUUUAUCAUCUUCAGAUAGCAGGCCUGAUAUGCUACUGAAAGACAUUUUGGACCAACGACUAUCACCACCUACAACACGUUUAGCAGAGGAAGUGGUGAUUGUAUUCACAUUAGCUCUGUUAUGCGCGAGUUCAGAACCAGACUCACGGCCCACUAUGCGUUAUGUUGCUCAAGAACUAUCAGCUCAAAAACACAAUUACCUCUCCAAGCCUUUUGAAAAAUUAUCCCUCAGCAAGAUGAAUUCUCCUCAGAGUUAUUGACAGAAAAGAAAUGAACAAAUUGGCCUCUGGUCUUUUCUGAUGUAGCUCAGCUAAAGUAACACCUGAUCCAAUUGAGCUGAUUCUCCUGGAAGCUAUGGAAAAUAUCAUGUUAAUAGAUUAAUUUGGAUUAUUGUUUCAGUGUUUUUACUUUCUGAUUCAUGAAUGUUAAUUGCUUUCCUUUUGUAAUGUUAGGAAUUAAAGGGUGUUCUGCUGAAAGAACAUAAACUAUGCAAUGAUGCAGCAUUGUCUACUGUGUGAAUUCAAUAGUUUUGCCAAGGUAAAGGUGAUGCUUUGGUAGUUUGAUGUGAUAAUUUAAGAAUUACUGCAGUUCUAGAUACUUUGCAAGAUUAAGUAAAUAUGCUUCUCGAGUGCUCUUGAUUUUUCA